AUGUUUGGUGCCCUGAACCGAUUUAUCGCCCGUCUGGACGGCGAGCCGCCUCCGCGGCAAACCGAUUCUGGGCCUUCCGACACCUCCUAUGGCUUUCAAGUUCUCCGAAACACGAACAAAGAGCUCCAGCUGGAGCCCUGGUUCGAAUUCAUUAUUGGCAUGAACGGUCACUACCUGGACUCGCCGGAUCCCAAUCUUUUCGUCACAGAACUGAGCAACUGCGCAGGCGGAUACUGCACGUUAGAUCUCUGGAGCGCAAAGGGCCAAAGAACGCACUCGCUCACCAUCCCAGUACCUGCUUCCGGCGAACCUUUGGGGUUGUCCCUCCAACUCACGCCUCUCAACUCCACUCAAAAUAUAUGGCACGUCCUGAGCAUACCUUCUCCGUUGUCUCCAGCUCACCAGGCUGGCCUUCUCCCACACAGCGACUACAUCCUCGGCUCACCGAGCGGGACAUUGAAAGGAGAAGCGGCGCUGGGCGAGUUGGUGGAGGAUCACUUGAACCGAAGCCUCGUGCUGUGGGUUUACAAUUCCGAGUUCGAUGUAGUGAGAGAGGUGGAACUUGUGCCUCGACGGGGCUGGGGCGGCGAGGGUGCCCUGGGAGCGGUCCUCGGCUUCGGGGCCCUACAUAGACUCCCUGUGGGGUUGGGAGAAGAGAUCCAGGCGCCCGGGGAGAGCCUGUUCGACGCCGAUAAAAAGAGCCACGAGAGCGGACAACAGCAGCAGCAGCAGCAGCAGCAGCAGGCCUUGGCCAACAGUUUCCAGCCCGCACCGGUUGAGAAUCUACCUACUCCGCCUCCAAUGAUCAGCCCGAAUGUACCUCCGCCACCGAUGUUGAACCCCAACGUCUCUCCUCCGUCGACUGCAGCACCCCCGAGGACACGGAAAGGCCGGCAUCACGCCGCUGCCAUAAAGAAUGGGUUCGAUGAUAUGUUUGCUGAGGGGACCAAGAAGAGUGCCGAACAGGACCAUAUACCUUCGAGGAAGGGCACGCCUCUUGCGCCGCCCCCCAGGUCUGGUUCUGCUGGACCGACUCCCCACUCCGUCACGCGUGAGCAGGGAGAUCCCCUUGCUCAGGCAGGCGAAGAGCUAGGCGAACCGGGCGAUGCCGAAGAGACGUGA